AUGUCUCCGUACUGGGUCAGGCCACAGGACUUCAUCCACAUCACAGGCAACAUUUUGUCUGGCCAGGCAACGGGGGGAAAACCCCCUGGCAUGCCGUAUCCAGGCUUGGCAUGCCGCCACACCUAUGUCACCACAGGCAAGUCCCAUGGCUCGCAGGAGAUUUACCCUGGUGUAAGGCUGUUGAGCUCAUGGUAUGUUGAACAUUUACGUGCCUACGAGUUGUGCAUCAGUGGGGGACGGUCUUUCGCAGUCACCAAGCUAUCUGAGCUGAAUGAUCUUUUCCCCUUAUCUGCCUACCGAGUGAAAGGCAGUGUGACCAUGGCAAGCUAUAAACUAAGACUCAUUCUAACUGAACAGGACAUAAGGAAAGUGUCACUUGAUGCAAUACCAGGAACUGUGGAUGAGCUGAAGAUACAAAUCAAAGAAAAAUGCAAUUUGUCAUUUGAAUUUAAUGUUAUGUAUGAAGACCCUGAGUUUGAUAAUGCCCUUUGCAACCUUGAUCAAAUUGAAGACUUGCCAGCUGCAAGAGCUACUGUGAAAGUCAUUCCAUUGCUGGAUACUGCCUCUACGACCAGUAUGUCUGAAUCCAAUGCCUCCGAUGAUACAGAGAUUCUGACCACACACAACCAAUCUCCUUCAACAGGACAAGAGGCAUGGCCAGAUGUAUUUUCCAUUCCUAAUUUCUCUGUUGAUGUGGAGUACCGACUGAGACAGGCUAAUCUUUUGUAUCUUCGAGACCAGACAUACCUGAAUGUACCACGGGAUAUGAAACAUUGCAUUCUGGAAAAGCUUGCUGAAACAAUGUACAAGUUCCAUGCCUAUCCAAAUGAAGAGCAGAUCAAUUCUGUGGCACUAGCACUCAUAAAUAAACACCCCUGCCUUAAGGAACCAGGCUCUCCAGAUGGCUGUUCUGGCUGGAAGAAUAGCCUAAAAUUUAAAAUGGGCAAUUAUCGCACUAAACUAAGAAAAGUAGGAUGUGUAGAAGUUGGUGUUAAUGGGGGCAAGCAAGGUGGUCCAGGAAUGGCAUCAAAAAGCCUAAAAAGGCCAAAAAGAUACGAAGUAAAUUACUUACCAGACCUCCCUGAGGGGCAUAGUGAAGACACCCUUGAAGUUGCAAGAAAGCUACUUGUUGAAGAAAUGAAAAAACGGAACCCCAGUGCAACUGUCAUUGCAUCAAAGAUGGACCAGACCUUCUCACUGCGGCGGCGGGAGAUUGUAGAUGCAGAAACUCCAGUGAAAACAUUGCAGGAGCGGUGGCCAGCUCUUUUUACCGAGAGACAAGUGUUUGCAGAGUUUAACAGGAUAUACACCAAAAACCUGCAGCAUGACUUUUAUGAUGCCUUGGACCACUACACACCACGCUUUGUCACAAUCUUCCAGUCAAAGAAAGGAAAUGUUGGAGAGACAUUGGCUGAGUUUCUUCGGCAGGUUAAUUUAGAGAAACCAGAUGUGACAGCAAGGCGUACCCUUGUGCUGAGAGGCUUACCUGUUCUGCUAGGUGAUGAUCCCACUAACUUCUACAACAGUUGCCUAGCAUCGGAUGUUGAUGUGACCUGGGAACAAGUAUCUGUUGGGUUGCUGACUGUUGUUGAUGACCUACCUCUUUCUCCAAAUCUUCUCUGUCUUGAGCCGAUAUCUACUGCCAUCAUUGUUGAGGGAAGUAUUGUAAUGGACUGUCUUCCAAACCUACCUCAAGCAAUGUGCGUUUUGUUUGGGCUGUCAUAUGCCUUAAAUUUGGAUUAUCCAAAUACCAUGAAGAACACUUUCAAUUGUAUUCAAAGAGUCAUGCUUGGCUUGGGACAAAACAAGCUGCCACCAAAACUGCAAUCUCUUAAAAAUCUCUUGUUGAGUUAG